UUCCGGUCCGCUGGUUCAGACUUCCGCUUGAUCAGAGCGACAACCGACGGCGAGCUCAUCCUGACCGAGUGAAAUACCAAUUUUUUUUACUUUUAUUCAGCUGAUUCCGUCGACCAGACAGUCAUGUCUAGUCGCGAAGCCCUCAACAUGAAGCUCCCUCCGAUCCAGUCCACGGCCGGAGCCGUGCCGAUCCGGAACGAGAAAGGUGAGCUGUCCAUGGAGAAGGUGAAGGUGAAGAGGUAUGUGUCAGGUAAACGUCCUGACUACGCCCCGAUGGAGUCGUCAGAUGAGGAAGAAGAGGACUUCCAGUUUGUUAAGAAGGGAAAGGAAAUGGAGCCAGAGGUGGAGCUGGAGGAAGAGGAGGUCUCUGACCCACGUCUCAAACGUCUGCUCAACCGUGUGUCUGAGGACGUGGAGGAGAGGCUGGCGAGACACAGACAGAUCGCAGAGCCUGAAAUUGUGGCUGAGAGCAGCGAGGACUCUGACGAAGGCACCUGGCACCCAGAGCGUGAGGAGAGCAGUGAGGAGGAAGAGGAGGAGGAGGAAGAAGUGGAUGAUGAGGAAAUUGAGAGGAGACGACAGAUGAUGCGGCAGAGAGCCGUUGAACGCAAGAACGAGGAGAUGGAGGUCAUGGAGGUGGAGGAGGAGGGGAAGUCUGGGGAGGAGUCAGAGUCGGAGUCUGAAUAUGAAGAAUACACCGACAGCGAGGAUGAAGCAGAGCCUCGGCUAAAACCUGUCUUCAUUCGCAAAAAGGACAGAAUCACAGUGGCGGAGCGUGAAGCAGAGGAGCAGAGGCAAAGAGAGCUGGAGGCCGAGGCCAAGAAGCAGGCGGAGGAGCGACGGCGCUACACCCUCAAGAUCGUGGAGGAGGAAGCUAAGAAGGAGUUUGAGGAGAACCGACGUACGCUGGCUGCUCUUGACGCUUUGGACACGGACGGAGAGAAUGAGGAGGAAGAAUACGAAGCUUGGAAAGUCCGAGAGCUGAAACGCAUCAAGAGGGACAGAGAGGCCAGAGAACUGAUGGAGAGGGAGAAGGCUGAAAUUGAGAGAUUCCACAGCCUGACGGAGGAGGAGCGCAGAGCCGAGCUGCGCAACAGCGGCAAAAUGAUCACCAACAAAGCCACCAAAGGCAAAUACAAGUUCCUCCAGAAGUAUUACCACAGAGGAGCCUUCUUCAUGGAUGGCGAGGACGAUGUGUACAAGAGAGAUUUCAGUGCACCGACGCUGGAGGACCACUUCAACAAAACCAUCUUACCCAAAGUUAUGCAGGUCAAAAACUUUGGUCGGUCUGGACGCACCAAGUACACCCACCUGGUGGACCAGGACACCACGUCGUUCGACUCGGCCUGGGCCCAGGAGAGCGCGCAGAACAGCAAGUUCUUCAAGCAGAAGGCAGCAGGCGUGAGGGACGUGUUUGACCGGCCCACAGUCAAGAAGAGGAAGACUUAAGAUGGGAGGCGGACUAAACCAGGUCCUCGAUUUAGAGACUGUCCAGGGACAAGACCUGCAUUCUGCUGAGUCCAGGGAUUUUCUUUUCUGGACUUUAUGUUGUGGAACGAAAACAGACUGAUUCCACCACCUUGAACCACCUGUUAAGAACCAGGAAGAUGUACCAUAAUUUAAAACAUUUAAUUUUGGAUCAUCUAACCCGAUUUAAAAGCAGCAGGUUUUCAAUUCUUGAAUAUGCAGACUUUCCCUUUAACUUGAGAUCUUGGCUUUAAAAAGGGACUCAAGUUUCCUUUUGCAUUUGAGGAUUUGCUGCAUUUUAAGCUGAUGAAAGGAAAUUAUUAGUGAUGUCUAAAGAUUUGAAUCUAUCGUCAGCAGGUUUGAGGCACGUCACACUCAGAUACCUCCUUCAGUUUUAAAGCAGAGGGCUCGGAUGUAAUUUUGUACAAAUCAGAUUUCAGGUUCUUGUACUGAUUUCCUGCAUUACCCAUUUUUUUUCUUCCAUAUUUGUGACAGUACAGGUAUUGUAACUUGAUUUGUUUUGUGAAUAAAACUUAUUUACAUCCUUUUAAAAA